UUGUGUGCACGUGACCCUGGAGCCAGUAUAUGAACACUGUAACGGACUGUACUCGGCCACAACAACGCGGGCAACAUGCAGGGAGAUAAGUGGAUCCACAAGGCCGGCACCUGUGGCCUGAUUGUCGCAUUGACAGUUGUCGUGGCAUCACUGUGUGUUGAUGGGUAUCCUACUUACCAAGUAUGGGACAUGAAGGAAAUAACCGAAGAAGACAUGAAUAAGUCUACACGUUGCAGUUCUGAUAACGAUACAGAGACAUUGUGUCAGAGGUGUGCAAAGUCAACCAAGUCGAUCACAUUAUACCCCCUGUGCUGUGACAAGAAAGAGACUGUGAGGGAAUGGUGUGAGUCUUACCUCAACUUUGGCAUCCGUCUGUGAGAUAGGUGGCAGUAAAGCACACAAGAUUUAGAGCUCUCUUUUAAGUUAUUAAUGAAGACAGUUUAACCAUUUGAUUGUAAACACAAAGGUAAUGUGUGAGUACUUCCUAUAUCUUCCACAUUGAGAGAUGAAGAGUAACAUAAUCUACUUCAUAUGAGUACAUUAAGCUACUGACAUUCCAAAUUGCACCUUUUGAAUUUCAGGUGACUGAAACAAAUGUGAAUUACUUAAGUUUCCAUCCAAAUUUGUCCCUUAAACAACAAAUACUAACAUGACUUACACUGUAGGUGCAAAUACUAAAAGGAAACAUCUCAGAACACUCUCAAAUAUCCGAUCCAAGAAUUAUUUAUUCACCAAUUCAGAAUUAAGUGAAAAGCCUGUUCCAAACUCACACUAUGAUACCAACAAGAGGUUUGAGUUCCUUUUGUUAUUGUCCUUUUCUAAUUCAGCAAUUGCUUUCUUCAUGUUAUUCCAAAUACUGCAGGAUCUGGACCUGUGAUUCUCCCCUCUCAAUAUUCCUCUGGACUCAUGUAAUUGAAAACUCUUUUUGCAAGAUCUGUCUUCAUUCCACUAUGUAUAAUGUCAUUAGGGACAAGAUUUUGUCUAUUUGAUUAUGUAUCAUGAGAUGUAAAUAUGAAAUUCUUUACAGACUUUAAAAAUGAUUUAAUAAUUACAUAGAUUUCUGUUAUCAGUUUGAAGUAAUUAGAUAUAAGAAUUGUACUCUAAUCAGUCUUCCAUAAAUAACUUGAAGAGCAUCAAAUAAUGUUAAUAACAAUGCUCUGUUACUAGCUUGAAUAUAAAUAUGUUUAGCAGUCACCAUAAUUAAAAUAUUGAAUAUUUUCAUUUAAAUAUUUCAGUUUAUUUGGAAGUCCAAAUAUAUGUUGCACAUUUAUCUUAAAUGUGCAAAAACUUUAGAUUUCACUGGGAUCUAAACUAUGACCUGCAUAGAAACCAAAGAAUAAAAUGCUAUUAAUAAUAAAUAUAAUUUGUUCAUAAUUAAUGUUUACAAAUGUUGAAACAAAAUGCACAAGCUCUUUAGUCUUGUUAUGUUUCUUGUGAUACAUACUGUAUGUUGACUAAGUCUACCAGUCAGUAUGUUUUCUUAUAAAAGAUCUCAGUAGCCAAUGUAUUCUGAAUAUAGGGCAAUUGGGAUGAAAAGUAUCCCUGCGUUAUAUUUUGGUGAACAUGGUAACCAUAUAAGCACUGUACUUGUACUUUAAUAAUGUGUAUAUUUUGCCACAGCGAUUCCCAACCUGUCAUAUUCAUGAUCUCCAUUCAGACAGUUGCUCUUGAAUAACUUGUAGUAGCUAUCACAUAUACCUCAAUUGUGGUGAUUUAACGGAGAUUGAUAGUUAAAAAUGUGAUAUUAACUAUUAAGGUUACAGUGCACAAUAAUUAAUCUGGUAAUAACACUUAAUGGCAGAGACAUGGAAAUAUGAACACUUUCUAACUGUAUGAAUUAACAUGAUCUCUACUUUUUGUAUAAAGUGCAUAUUACUUUCAAGACUAAAUUUAAUUCCUAGUAUUAGUUUCUUUUAGUCAUCUUAUACUGUGGAAUUUCUGAACACAAAUUUUAAUAUUCUAUAUAUUUGAAGGAGAUGCAGUGGAACUAUCCUAUCUGUAAUGAAAAGGGGUUCCCAGAACCCUAGCUGUGAUUUCUUUUUCUACAAAAGCAAAUAACCAUAGUUGGAGGUUGAGAAUCGUGUUUUUAAUAUUGUUAUUACAUCUGUAAUAUCUGUAAACCGAGGGCUGUGAUUUCACAAUAAAAUUAAAAGAAUGAAGA